UACAAGGUAGGGGUGGGGAUGGCUGGGUAUCUUACGAUCACCAACCAAGGGCUCUCAGAAGAUAGUCAACGGAAACACGGACCACAUCACAGAGAGAGAGAGGCAGACUUUACUACUUCAAACAAGCUCAUUUCUGGGACAAAGUGACAGAGCCUCUCUGCUGGUGUUCACGUGAACGCAUGCCAUGGCUGACGAUGACUACAUCGAUUCCGAGUUCUUCAACACGUCCAGUGACAGCAGCGAGGGGCACAAACACUUCCUGGAGUUCCACAAGUUCUUUCUGCCCUGCGUGUACGUGGUGGUGUUCAUCUGUGGCCUGCUGGGGAACUCCCUGGUGCUUGUCAUAUAUCUCUUCUACCAGAAGCUGAAGAGCCUGACAGAUGUGUUCCUGAUGAACCUGCCCCUAGCUGACCUGGUGUUUGUCUGUACUUUGCCCUUUUGGGCCUAUGCCAGCAUUCACGAGUGGGUCUUUGGCAAGGUCAUGUGUAAAACCCUACUGGGCAUCUACACUUUGAACUUCUACACGUCCAUGCUCAUUCUCACCUGCAUCACCAUGGACCGCUUCAUUGCCGUGGUUCAGGCCACCAAGGCCUACAACCAGCAGGCCAAGCGCAUGGCCUGGGGCAAGGCCAUCUGCUUGCUCAUCUGGGUGAUCUCCCUGCUGGUUUCCCUGCCACAGAUCAUCUAUGGCAAAGUCUGUUAUCUCGACAAGCUCAUCUGUGGUUAUCACGACGAGGACAUAUCCACUGUAGUUCUUGCCACCCAGAUGACACUGGGGUUCUUUCUGCCACUGCUGGCCAUGAUUGUAUGCUACUCAGUCAUAAUCAAGACCCUGCUACAUGCCCGAGGCUUCCAGAAGCACAAGUCUCUAAAGAUCAUCUUCCUGGUGGUGGCUGUGUUCCUGCUGACACAGACACCCUUCAACCUUGUGAAGCUCAUCCGUAGCACAAGAUGGGAGCACUACACCAUGACCAGCUUCCACUAUGCCAUCAUAAUCACAGAGGCCAUCGCCUACCUGCGGGCCUGCCUCAAUCCUGUGCUCUAUGCCUUCGUUGGCUUGAAGUUUCGGAGGAAUUUCUGGAAACUUAUGAAGGAUAUUGGCUGCCUCCCUUACCUGGGGGUCUUGGGUCAAUGGAAGUCUUCUGAGGAUGCUUCUAAGACCUAUUCUGCCUCUCACAACGUGGAGGCCACCAACAUGUUCCAGCUGUAGGCCUUACCUGGGCUUGGAGAACUGCUCAGGAACUUAUGGGAGCACGGCUGUGUGCUCUGGAAAGGAGGAGGAGGGCUUUGUUUAUGGCUUGCACAUUCUCAUGGAGAAGUCACCGAAUGCUGUAGCUGGUGUGGGAUGCUGCUUCUCGGGCAUGAACACAUUCUGCUCUGCUCUUGAACCCCUAGGCCUAAAGCUCAGUGGGGGUGGAGGGGGGCGUGGCAGCAGGGAAGCUCUAAAAACUAGAAGGGCUUUCCUUCCUCUAUCCCCAAGAAUGCUGGCUCCAAGGGAAUGAUGUGUGGCCCUUAAGACCUCAGGUUCUCCUUCACAGGGUUGGAACCGGAUGCCAAAGGGGUGGAGGGGAGGGCGUGUCCACACAGUUCCUGAGGGCAGGUGAUACUCCAGGCUCCCCAGUUCAGAAGACUCCUCUGGCCACUGGGAAGCAGAGAAAUUAGAGCAGCCAUGAAAGUAAGUGCUGGGCUGCAUGGCUCAGACCUCAAUCACCAGGCACCUGAUAGAAAUGAGAUGAGGCUCUGUCUUGCCUUGGGGUUGGGUCUUUAUAGAGAGAGAUGUUUCUGUUCUCUUUGAUUAAUCCUGGAAGAAGGAACACCAAAGAACAUGAGAGGGCCCAAACAAAUUAGUCAGCUGAGGAGUCCAGGGGUCUACGGAAUAUUAGGAAAACGUGCAGAGUUAAAGACUAUCAUGAAUCGAAGCGGCAUUUCUGAAAUGGAUUCUUUGGUGGGUUUGCUCAUUUAAGAACUAAGUUGUCCAAUGCCUGACACACUCAAGCACAUAUAAAUCAUGUAUCCUUGUAUAUAGAAUACCAACACGCACGUACCAAAGAGCAUAUGAUUUUUGUGACUAAGAAAUAAAAGCUUUUUAAAGUCUCUAA